UGCAGGGUGAUAGAGAAAGUUUGGGAAGCACAGGCAGGAGGAUCUAAAGAAAGAAACGACGGGGGAGUGGAUACUGACAUUACACGCUCCUCUCUGCAGUGUAAAGAUGAAGCUGACUGUAACAGCUCUGUUGUGUCUGUCCCUUCUCUCGGUUCAUGUUCACUUUUCGUCGGCCACGAAAAAAGGAGGGUUUGGUGGGAAAAUAAGUCUCUUUAAGAAGACCCCCAAAACAAAUCUGGACACUAAGUCUAAGGGAGGAAUCCCCAAACAGCCUAAACAACAUGAACAAUUCAACCAAGGAGGCCAGCAACCAGGUCGACCAGGAGGUUACCCUAACCAAGGAGGCCAGCAACCAGGUCGACCAGGAGGUUACCCUAACCAAGGAGGCUAUCCUAACCAAGGAGGCUACCCUAACCAAGGAGGGUACCCUAACCAAGGAGGCUAUCCUAACCAAGGAGGCUACCCUAACCAAGGAGGGUAUCCUAACCAAGGAGGCUACCCUAACCAAGGAGGGUAUCCUAACCAAGGAGGCUAUCCUAACCAAGGAGGUCACCCUAACCAAGGAGGAUACCCUAACCAAGGAGGUUACCCUAACCAAGGAGGCUAUCCUAACCAAGGAGGGUACCCUAACCAAGGAGGUCACCCUAAUCAAGGAGGCUAUCCUAACCAAGGAGGUCACCCUAACCAAGGAGGCUAUCCCAACCAAGGAGGUUACCCUAACCAAGGAGGCUAUCCCAACCAAGGAGGUUACCCUCAGCAACCCGGCCGACCAGGAGGUUACCCCAAUCAAGGGGGUUACCCUCAGCAGCCAGGAUAUCCAGCAGGAGGUAACCCAGCACAGGGCUACCCAUACGGAGGAGGUUACGGUGGUCAUGGUGGUUACGGAGGUGGAUACAUGAACCAGAACCCAAACAACAAAGUCCUGAGCCCUCACUACGGGGGCAGCUUUGGAUACGGGGGCCACGGUGCAGGCGGCGGCUCUCCCUUUUCUCACUCAGUUCAGCAGAUGGGCAUGUAUCCCUCCGAUAGAUCCAGAGGGUUUGGACGCAGCGCUGUGAUGGCAGCAGCUGGAGGGGCUGUGGCAGGGAUGGCCCUGGGCUACGGGCUGGGAAGGUUCCCCCGUCCUCCCUUCAACUUCCACAACCCCCAGGAGGAGCAUUACUACAACUACUACAUGCACAGGAGAUAUGGCACCCAGUCCACUGAUAUCAACGACUACAGCAGAGACUACAGGUACAGCAAACCCCCCACAACCUUUGAUGGAUACAUGGACUCCUGCAUGAAGAGAACAGACCUUCUGCCUGCGAACAAUCCAAAGCCAAACAACAAACCAGCUGCUACUACUACUACUACAACUACAACUACAACUACAGCUACCACAACUUCUGCUGCUCCAGACUCUGGCAUUGUCAGCAACACAACAAAGAGCAACAGCACUGCAGCAGAGAACUCCUCGACCUCUGCACCUUCAACUCAACGCCCUCUGAAUGAGUCUGAAGCCAAGCCAGGACCUCCAGCUUCACAGGUUCUCAGAAAAGCUGCUACUAAUGAUGAUGAUGAUGAUGAUGAUGAUGAUACAGUCAGUAUUGUGGAGAUCGGCUACCCGGCUCUGAUUGAGCAGAUGAAAGCCAGGAGAUGCUUGGAGUUGUACAUGAUCUACUCUGAUAAGUACUUGAAGAAAAAGACGGAGCCCAGCGCCACCGAUGGGGUGCAGCGACUGGAGAUGGGCUUGCAAGGUCUAUUAGCUGUGGUCACCAGUACUACACUGAUGCUACUGAAUAGCAACAUGCUAAUGCUGCUGCACUGAGGCCUUCAUUAGCCGUUAAAGUGAUGGAGAUAUAUGAGGUGUACAACAAAGAUAAUAAGUAAAAUGCAUGGCUCUAGGGAUAAAAGUGGUUGUUCGUGGUCCAGACUGAAAUUGUACCUGAUUUGACUGUUAUCAGGCCAAUAAUAGGCAUUAUCAGACGCUAUAAGCACCAUAGAUGUGGGUCAGUAGGGGCCUACUACGCUGUAAAAAUUAA